AUGGAGGAGUUAUUCUUCUGGGUUCGCAUCACUAACAUGCCACCGACAUAUGAACAGAGGAAUACUAUUGCCAACGUCACUACUAUCGCAGGAAUUGAGCAAGAGCUUCACUUUUUCUUUGAGAACCUCGUGGGAAAAUCCAAGACUUGUCUGCGUGUGUAUCAUGAGGGUGAAGCAUGCAAGGGUGAAGCUACAACUCCACCGGUCACUGCUACUCCAGCACCGGCGGCAAGAAAGCUGGAACUUAAUGGCUCAUUGCAAAACAAGCCCAUUGCUCCCUCCAAGAAAGUGAAAAUGCCUGAGUUCCCUACAAAGUUCAGUGCAAAAUCUAUGGGUUUGGUUGAUACACCAGGUGGUAUGUUAGUACCUGCAGAGAAGGAGGCCAAGAUCUUAUUCCUAGUGCUCAAUAAUGUCGGCAAGACCACCUUGCUUCACAUGCUCAAAGAUGAGAGGCUGGUGCAACAUCAACCUACGCAAUAUCCCACAUCCGAGGAGUUGAGAAUUGGCAAAAUCAAGUUCAAGGCCUUUGAUUUGGGAGGUCAUCAAAUUGCUCGCAGGGUCUAG